ACAAAAACUAGUAGAACACUUGACUCACUCUUUUGGCCAGUUUGGGUGGAGUUCAGUCAGCUGUCCUGUCGAAGCAAGAAACCUUCGAGAAUUCAUGCUUUCCGCUUUUGACCGCGUUCACACUUUGUGACUGUGUGUAGGAUAUUGCAUGGAUGUUCACAGGAAAUGCUUUAUGACUGAGUGAAGGUCUCCGAGUGUCCAUGGUUCAAGUUGACGUCGCGCAACUUUGUUCUUGCCCGUGAGAAGAAGACUUGGUUAUUGCUCGAAGCCCAUCGUAGCAGCGACCAUAUUCUGAGCUUCCUAUUGACUGGUACCCUGCCUUGACUGGUGUCCAGCAGCGGCCAACUAGUGGUCAUCAUUAAAAUAGCUGAAUAGAGCAGGUUCAUUGUGUCUGAUUUUAUGGACCCAGAUCCAACACUUGAAGCGGACAACGGAGCCAUGACCCACGCUACAGCGCGGAACAUCAAGCUAGUGGUAGUCGGUGAUGGUGCCGUGGGCAAGACCUGUAUGCUCUGGUCCUACACACAUAAUGCCUUCCCUAAAGAAUAUGUACCCACUGUGUUUGAUAAUUUCUCACAACUGAUCAAAGUGGAUGGUGUGUCAGUCAACUUGGGAUUGUGGGACACAGCCGGGCAGGAGGAUUACGACAGACUCCGACCGUUGUCUUACCCACAGACCGAUAUAUUCCUAGUUGCCUAUAGUGUAGAGGGGCCCACCUCAUAUGCCAACGUUCAGUCUAAAUGGAUCCCUGAGUUGCAACACCAUGCUGCUGGAGUGCCUUUCAUUCUCGUGGGAACGAAGAUUGACCUGCGAGAAGACAAGGAAACGAUGGCCAAGCUGGCGCAGCAAAACAAGGCUCCCUUCAAGAAGGAGCACGGGGAGAAGUUUGCGGCCAAGAUGGGCGCCGUCAAGUACAUGGAGUGCUCGGCGCUGACGCAGAGGGGGCUGAAGCUGGUCUUUGAAGAAGCAGUGAGGAUAGUGUUGACACCCAACGCAGCCCCAAGACAAAAGAAGCACAGAUGCAACAUAUUGUGAGUCUCUCUUUCAUUGUAGAGACAUGCUGGAUUGAAAAAUGAAAACUGCAGCUCUCACAAAAUGGCCUCAACCACACCCCCUCCAAGUUUCCUGGAGAUGCUAAGCAAAUAACACUGCUUAGCACAUUUUUAUGCUCAGCAAAAAUCAGCCGAUUACCAGUCUCAUGCAAUAUGAAUUGCGUGACACUUUGGUUGGUAACCUGAUUUUUCUAAGCAAAUAGUUUGUGUUCUUAGCAGCUCGCUAAAACUGGCAUCUUAUCUCUAAAUGGUUGCAUAUGUCAAGAAAAAUUGAUGGUUGCCCUAAUUUUUAAGCCAUUUUAUGUCAGUCCAAACUCGCUGUUCUGCAUCCCACUAAAUGUAAAAUUAAAAUUUUAAAAGAUAGUGUUGUGAUUUCAUUCAAGCUCUGUGAAUAUUAAAAAAAAAGAGUAAAGGGUUUUUGUCCUGGUAAUCAAUAUUUGAUUUAUUUUUCCAUUGGUAAGUGUGAUUUUUAGGAGCAAGUACCAGCCCAGCUCUCUUCAAAGCUGGUGCCCAAAGUAAUGUGAAUGUUUGUCUAUAGGGUUUGCCCGGUACUGCUGUUGGUUUAGAAGAAACAAUGGGCCAUCUAGUCCCAUUUGCAAUGAAUUUCUAUCCAAAUUUUUUUAGAUUUUUUUUUUUGAAAAUUACACACAGUCUUCACAAAAAUACAACCCUCUCCUGAAAACUGUAAGCACUCUCACAAAAGAGAAAAUAACUUUCCAGAAAAGACAUUCCUUAAUUCUUCGGCAAAUAACCCCGGGCUAGACUGACUUCUCGAAAAAGUAUAUUACCACACACAAUAAGUUGUGACUGUUAGCAAAUAUUUAGCCCUCAAAAUCAAUGCACAGGAAACAAAUUCACUGUUAAAGUGUUGGCUCUGACCAUUUUUUUUUUCAAUUUAUUUUGUUUAACUUGAGUUAGUCGAGUGAUGGAGAAGGAUUGAGAUUAUGUGGUCGUUUAUUGUAUACUUGAAUGUGACACAGAAAUUACUUUUGCACUCUUUGUAAUUUUCUACUUUUUUUGGCCUGAGUUUUCACCAAUUCUAUUCUGUUUAUAAGUUUUUCUUUUAAAAUAAAGAGGCGUUUUCAUAUGUCAUAGAGCAACCAAAAAAAGACUGCAUGGCAGCUAUAUAUAGCGCCCUUUACUGGUAAGCCAGUUUUGCAAAAUUGUAGUGUGUGUGCGAAUCAUAUUAUGAUCCUUGUUUUUUUAUAGUCGAAAAAUGAGAUAUGUAGACGAAAGGGAAUGGGCAUUUUUUGUAUCAUACAAUGCAUUGUUAUUGAAAUGAUCUGGAAUGCUGAAGUCCACAAUGCAGCAAAGUUUGAAGAAUUUUGAGGUAUAUCAGCUCUUUUUCAAUCUGAAGAAUUUGAUAUUUGUAAAGUUUUAUUUGACAUGAAAUCAUGCACGUGUAGUAAAAUGCGUAGGUAUUGUGUGUAAAUACUUCAUAUAUUUUUCCCCUUUUUCUGUUUUGGUUUGAUAUUGGUAUGCGAAUAUAUCUAAUUUACUGCAAUGUAAUCUUUGUGUAAUUUAUUGAUAAAUGUUCAAUCCUCGGUGUUUUGGGGGUUGAUGAACAUGUACAGUUAAUGGCAGGCUUGGAAAGGUUUCCUCAAACACACAGUGAAAGGGCAUGGUUAUUACAAAACAAAACAAACAUUAAUCAGAUUCACCAAAAACCAAGAUACUUUUGACGUUUAUAUAAUCCAUUUUACAAUAGUCUUUUUUCAGGCUAUGAGCAGGGGGAAAAAAACACCAUUUCUUGAAGUUUCUGAGUCAAGUAACUUGACGUACCUCUGAAUCUGUGUUGUAACAAGUCACUGAAGUUUGUGACUCGGUUGGAGCCAUUGAAAAAAACGCCCUUUUUGGACUCGGUCUUACUUCGAGAUCUGCUUUUAUGUCAAUCCAAGAGUACCAACGUUGGGCUGGAAUUAUAGUCUCUAAAGUUGCAAUCGGAUAAAUAACUAAUUAUGUUAUAGACUUCAAAUAAAAUUGAUAUUUGGGUUCACUUCAGCUUUUUCGCUAUCCGGCCGCCAUAAUUGUCCAUUUCUUGGAAAGAACAGUGCAUGCAUGUGACGUAUUUCCACCACUGACUCUGCUCCACUAGCAGGGUCUAUGGUGGCUGAUCGGGUUAGCCCUGAGAACAACUUCAGAGCUAAUGGAACGGCACGGGGCUAUCCCGAGUCAACCUGGGUGAGCUAAUCGAACACACCCUGUAGGUGCUUCACAAGCACAAGCAAGAUUUACAACUUGACAACAACGUCAAGCCAUGAUUGUACCAUAAAUAACCGCAAUUAUUUAAUGGCAUUUUAUUAUCGUGGGGUACAAGUGUCGACCCUUUGGCUCAUGUCGAGUCGUGUCAUUUCCCAUCAGUGACUCUAGUUGAUACAAGUCAUUGCCUGUUAUGACAGGAGUCGAGUCAAGUAACUGAAAACUGUGACUCAAGUCAAGUCACUGACACAAGUCAUCACAACUUGUCGAUAAUAACACAUUUAGUCGUUGGAUUGUGGUUGAGUAGAAUGUUAUAGAGUUGAAAAGCCUUCUGAACCACAGUACCAGUUUGUCUUGAAGUAAAUCUGUCAUCUUCCUCUACACGCCUUUUUAUUUUAAUUCUUAGUGUGACAACACCAACGGCUCACUGUGCACCCCGAAUGAAGACCCAAUCAUAAAAAUACCAUGCUUGUCCGACUUAUAGUAACAUUAGAGUAUUCAUUCAAUUAUUAAGGUGCUUUUUUAUAUAGCCAUUUGAGAAAUAUAUUUUGCAUGAUUUUAUAUAAUGCGUUACUGGAUAUUUAAAAACACACAUAAUCAAAUAAAACUAUGUUAUCCUCGAGUGGUCUAUCUUUUUUUGUAUACAAUCAACAAGGUUCUGAUACUUAUUUUUGUAAUUUUUUGUACGUUGAUGUCAUCCUUUUCAUGCUUUUUUGAAGUGUUUGCUUGUGCACAGGCUGUAUUUAAUAUAUUCAUUUGAUAUUAGAGCCUGAUUUAGCUGAAUCUUCAAUGAAAUGUACAAUGCAUGUAUUUUAAAACAUGAAAAAAUUGUUAAUAGGGUUUAGUUUCUCAUUAGUUCACUCGGUCAAUUUUUAUUGACCGUUCACACUUCUGUAGUAGCACAUUUUAAAGCUUGUAGAAAACUUCAACAUUUUGGCUGAUAAGCCAAGCUAUAAAAGUCAUAUUUUUUUUCUUUCUAGAGCAAAGUUGUUUUGCUCCAUGAAAUUGCCACAAUCAUUAAAAUGUUUACCAUAAAAUGUAUCAUCUAGUAAGCCAUUACUCACUUAAAGAAAACAAUAUUCUUAGAACCGUUACAAAAAAGGUGCAAACAUGCAACAACAAAAAUGUGCCAUAAAUGUUUUCAGGGUUUUUUUUAUUUUUAUUUUUAUUUAGUUGAAAAUCGGCCUUGCAGUGUAAUAUUUCCUUUAAAGGAUGUGAUUUUCUUUCUUUUCGCCAGGAACAAAGUUAUCUUAUGUUUUAAGUAGUUUUUUGUUUGUUUUGGGUUGUUUUUUUUUUUGCUUUGUAGUGUGAAAAGGGAAUGUUUCUUUUUCUUUUUUUUAAUUCAUUCCAACCUAAGCUGUAUGUAUACUACAUUUGGUAUGGAGUUGCUUCUGAAUAAAGGAAUAAUUAAGAGGUUUGUACAUGUCAAAAA